AGACAGCCGAGCUUCACAGACCCCGCGGAGACCCCCUCCCAACGUCGUCUCUGAAACGAACAAAGAACUUGCGUCUCUGUCGAGAGAGGGAGGGAGGGAGGGAGAGAAAGGGGCAAUGGGAAUGGAUUCCCACCGAAGACUUGAUUCUCUCACCGCUCACAUCGCCCUCUACCACUCAGCCUCCUCCAAGGUAUCGAACCCUAACCCUAGCCCUCGGGCUGCCGUACUCCGGUGGUUCUCGGGCCUGACCGUCGCCCACCGCCAGUCCGCCCUCACCGUCGCGGACGCCGACUUCCUUCGCGUCCUCCUCCAGAUGCUCUCCCGCCUCCGCCGCCGAGGCCACGGCUUCUUCUUCCUCCUCCCUGACCUCCCCUCCCCUUCCCUCCCCUCCCUCUGCUUCCGCCGUUCUUACGGUCUCCUCUCCCGCGCCGCUGCUGCCGACGCCGCCGAGAGGACCGUCGCCGAUUCCCUCCUCCUUUUCGCGUCCAGCGAUGAUUCCCCGCUCCUGGACGCGGCCACGGUGGCGGAGGACCUUGUCUCGGAUGUUGACCGCUUCGUGGCGGUCAUGGAUGCGAUCUCUGGUGGGAGGUUCCUCAGAGGGGAGGUGAACGGGUUGGCGGCGCCGUGGGCGGAGAUGCCUUGGUUGAAGGACAAAGGGUACUACAGCUUGGAGGCGUUUGUGGUAAAUCGGCUUGAGGUUGCUCUGAGGUUGUCGUGGCUUAGCUCCCAGGGAGGCAAGAAGCUGAAGGGUGGGAAGGCAGCCAAGGAGAAAGCCUUGACUGCUGGUCUGGCGGCAAAUGCUUUUUGGAGGAAGAAAGGUUGCUUGGACUGGUGGGCGGGGUUGGAUCCUGGAGGAAGGAAAAAAAUCUUUGAGGCCUUCUUGGGGAAGGCAGCUAAAUCUCUGGCAAAUGAAAUUAUCAGGGAAUCAGAACUUGCCUCGUGGAAUGAACUUUGUUUUCACAAGCUUGAUGGUGAAUUCCAACUAAGAUAUGGUCCCAUUCCUUGUUGGAUGAGGUCAAAGAAGCCAUUCUUCAGUAGGAAGCCAGAUUUUUGCAUGGACAUCAUUACCAACACAUCUUCUGGAAGGCCACAAUCUCUAGCCAAAUAUUUGAACUGUUUACUAGUAAUUCAGGAGAUAUGUUCUCUUUAUCUUAGUGAAUAUGAAGAAAAGAUAAUGCUCUUUAGUACACUACCAUCUGCUGAUACCAUAUCUGAUUCUAUUUUAAGGAAACUACAAAAACUCCUCAUGGGUAUUUAUACUAACUAUAUAAAUGUUGAACUUCUGGGAGAUGCAAAGUUGAAGACCAAUCAAAACAAAAGUCAACAGAAGUCUAACACUGGCUGUCUCAAAGGGAAGAAGAAAUCUCGUAGUUCUGGGAAGCCGAGGUCUGUUCCAAAGGCAUCCAAAGUUGAUUCCACCUCAUGCGAAACUUCAGUGGGUCAUGAAUGUGGAGCAGACAGUGCACGUGAUAGCACAACUAGGCUUUGUUCCCAAGAGGAGACUAUUUUGCCAAUGGAUAAUCAGAAGGCUAAAACAACUACAACUACACUGAAAGAUCAUGGAAAUGGGACUCCAUCAGCAGAGAAUGACACUGAAAAUAUUGGCGACUCGUUUGAGUGCAAGAGCCAUACCAGUAAGAAGAAAAGUGGAAGAAGAAGAGCUAAAACUAAAAGUAAAAUCUCAAGCUCAAUGAAAGUUGGAUGUCCUGAUCUUGAGGAUAAAAGAUCUGCUCUUUCAUCCCUUGCUGUGGAUAUUGAAAGGAAAGAAGCCAUUGAUCCCUUGUUGAAUGUAUUAAGUGGUCCAGCAACUGUUACUCCCUUGUCGAAUGGAUCUGCUAUCAUUUCUGAUCCAUCACCAGUAGAUAAUUCAUGUGAGCCUUAUCACGAGCCAGGUUUAAUGGAUGAGAAUGGGAAUACAGGGUGCAUGAAAAAGGAUCUUGAUCUUCAUAAUACCAUAAACCACUGUGUUACUGGGUUGUGCUUUUCCAAAAGUUCAGACAGAUCAGAAAUCCACUAUGAAUGCAAGUGUGACUCACAAUCUACUAAUACAUUAGAAGUGGUGCCACAAAUAUCUAUGACAAACAGUGCAAUCUGCUGUGAUGAAACUAGUGCAAAUUCUGUUGAUCCAUCCAUGAAGUGUUUAGAGAACGAAAACAGAUAUCAGGUAUCCAAUCUUUCUUUACCUAUGCCUGAGCCAACUAUUAAAGGCAGAUCAUAUGAUUGGCCUGAAACCAAGAUUAAUAAUUCUGAAAAUCUAUGCAAAAUAACUUCACAGUUUGUUGCUUCUUCAAUAAACCAAGAAGGUUUUGCAAAUGAUGAUGGUUCUGUAAUUCAAAAUGAUAGUAAAACAUGCUAUUCAUAUAAUCAAACAAAUACUUUUGAAGGAAAAUCAUAUGAGUGGCCUGUCAUAGCGCCCCAUAAUUUUUCAUCUUUCAAUUCACAGCAUGUUCCUGCUGCUACGGAGAGGCUACAUUUGGAUGUUGGACAUGAAUGGCCUGCUUACCGUCAUCAGUCCUUCCUAUGUUCGAGGCAUCAGGCAAGGCUCCCUUCCAACGAGGGUGGAUGCAACCAUAUCUUACCUCCUCUAACUUUGCCAAUGAGUUUUGAUUGGCCUCCUAUGGUUAAAAGUUGUACUCGAUUGAGUCAAACAGUGACUGUAAGCUAUGAUUCUGGAUAUAAUUCAAGGCUGCAAUCUUCAUAUUGUACAGGUUUUUCGGGUCAUGCAGUUCAAAAUACUGGUACUUUUAGUGAGAAUGACAGAAUUCAUACUGGAGAUAUUCUGGAUGUAUAUGAUAUGAAAAACAUGUCGGAUUUGGCAGAGGAUACUGAAAGCUAUUGGCUUUCGGAGGAGGAAAUAGAGAGUCAUAUGCUAUCUGGGAGGGAUUAUAAUCAGUUUUUUGGUGGUGGAGUGAUGUACUGGAAUCCUGCUGAACAUGUUGGAUCAGGUUUUUCUCGCCCACCAUCUCAUAGUUCUGAUGAUAGUGGAUGGGCUUGGCACGAGGCUGAUCUUAACAGAGCUAUAGAUGAUAUGGUUGGAGUGCCUGGAUUAUCUGCUUCAUACAAUACAAAUGGUCUAGCCUCACCAACUGCCACUCAAUUUUGUUCACCAUUUGACACCGUGGGACCUGGACACCAAUCCGUUGGUUAUGCUGUUUCAGGAAAUGAUAUUACUGGGAAGGUUAUUAACUCUUCCUCAGUGCCAGAUAUUCCUGAAGAAAAAGCUCCAAAAUCCAUGAAUAAUUCACCUAGUGUCAUUGAAGGAGUGAAAGGAGAUACACUUCCAUUCUCAAUGUUGCGGCCAAUCAUUGUUCCAAGCAUGUCGAGAAGGGGAUCCAGAUCGGAAUUUAAGCUUGGCUAUGAACACAAAAGCCCAUGUGUGCCUUCUAGUAGGAGGGAUGUUCCCCAAAUCAAGAGACCACCAUCCCCCGUGGUACUUUGUGUUCCUCGAGUGCCUCGCCCUCCUCCACCUUCUCCUGUAGGAGAAUCUAGAAAGCGUGGCUUCCCAAUUGUUAGGUCUGGAAGCUCAAGUCCCAGACACUGGGGUGUUAGGUUUUCUGAUGAAAGUGGUUCUGAGGAAAGUCAAUGUUGUUUUGAUGGUGCUGAAGUUGUAUGGCCUUCAUGGGGAAACAAAGGCCUUACCACCAAUCCCAUGGUUCGGUCAAUUCAUGGACCUUUAUUGACAGAUCAUCUCAUCACAAUUCCCCAGCUUGCCUUCGAUCAGGAACAUCCUGAUGUGGCUUUACCAUUGCAACCUCCAGAGUUGUUGAAUUGUUCAUCUGCUAAAACAUCCUUGUCUAUCAUGCACAAUCUUCUUCAUGAGGAAAUCGAUUUUUUUUGCAAGCAGGUUGCUGCUGAGAAUCUGAUUAAGAAGCCCUACAUUAAUUGGGCUGUCAAGAGGGUAACGCGUUCCCUUCAAGUCCUCUGGCCUCGCUCCAGGACAAACAUAUUUGGUUCUAAUGCGACUGGUUUAGCUCUUCCAACUAGUGAUGUAGAUAUCGUGGUUUCUCUUCCUCCAGUGCGGAAUUUGGAACCUAUCAAAGAAGCUGGAAUUUUGGAAGGUCGUAAUGGUAUCAAGGAAACAUGCCUUCAGCAUGCAGCUAGAUACCUUGCAAACCAGGAGUGGGUUAGAAAUGACUCCCUCAAGACCAUAGAGAAUACUGCGAUUCCUGUAAUCAUGCUGGUUGCAGAAGUUCCUGACGACAUUGAUAUUUCAAGAAAGAAAUCCUCCAUGGUGGAUAUACCACGAGCACUUUCAAGCAUGGUUCCUGGGAGACAAUGCAACAUUCCUACUACUGAUCUUUCUAGUACAGACUGUACCUCUUGGCCAUAUUCAAAAAUGAAAAAGGAUGAUAACAUUGAUGUAAAGUCGAUUCGUCUUGAUAUCAGCUUCAAAUCAGCAUCACAUACUGGACUUCAAACUUCUGAACUGGUUAGAGAACUGACCCAGCAAUUUCCUGCUUCUGUACCACUGGCUUUAGUACUUAAGAAGUUCCUGGCUGAUCGAAGUUUGGACCAUGCUUAUUCUGGUGGUUUAAGUUCAUACUGCUUGGUGUUGUUGAUUAUACGUUUUCUGCAGCACGAACACCAUGUUGGUCGGCCUAAUAACCAAAACCUUGGUGGCCUUCUGAUGGACUUUCUCUACUUCUUUGGGUAUAUUUUUGAACCACGUCAUAUGCGUGUUUCAAUCCAAGGAAGUGGAAUUUAUAUGAACCGGGAAAGAGGACUCAGCAUCGAUCCAAUUCAUAUUGAUGACCCUCUUUAUCCAACUAAUAAUGUUGGAAGAAACUGCUUCCGUAUACAUCAGUGUAUUAAGGCUUUUGCUGAUGCUUACUCUGUGCUGGAAAAUGAGUUACCCCACUUUUCUGGUAAUUCUGUUCCAAGUUCAACCGGAAAAUUCAGGCUACUUCAAAAGAUCAUUUCAAAUAUUGAUUGCGUGGAGUAAAAUUCUAGCACGAGGAUUUUUUGAUUCCUUGAAUGGCUGGUCAUUUUGUUGACAAGUGAAUCACCUACAUAUGGAUCUUUUUUAGUUUCCAAGGUGUCGUUGCUACUUGAACUAGAAGUCUGGGGUUGCUGAUCUGAUGUUCUGAUGGCAUCUUAAAUAUUGAUUUUAUUGAUUUCGUUGGAACAUUUCAUCAUCACUUGCUUUAUUGUUUCUUGGGACAACUGAAGAGAAUACGCUCAUUAGUGGCCCAGCAGUCAGAGUGAUUUUGGGUAUAUGGUCCAUCGAGGAGCUGGCCUAUGUAACUGUUCUGUGCCAAGAGAGCUCAAGUCGCUGAGUAUGCAUGUGAAUGUCUCUGUUCUUGUUUGUGCAUUUGCUUUCAUACGAGAGAUUCUAUUGCCACCUGACAUUGGAUUUUUAUGCUAAAAUGGUUUUACAACAUAUAGGAAUGCUAAAACUGCUAAUCCAAAGUCUUAUGGCGUUUCCAAAUCAAGAAAGUUCUUACGCCUGAAACUCUUCAUCUGGACACCGAAGUCACUGGCCAGACCAGUAUGUCCAGUACUGGUCGGUACUAGUGUACCGACAUAGUACACUGAUAUUUACCAGUGUUUCGAAGAUGAAGGAGAAGAGGAAGGCACAGUGGAGGAGGAGGAAGGAGGAAGAAAAAGGAAGAGGAAGGAAGAAGAUGAGGUGGAGGAAGGAAGAAGUGGAAGUGGUGGAGGAGAGAGAAGGAAUAAGAGGAAGCGGUGUAAGAGGAGGAAGAAGAGGAGGGAGUGUACCAGGAGGUAGGUGGUGGUGGCAAACGGUAUGGGCAGCAACAUCGAACAGCAGCAACGGCGGCAUCGGUUCCACAUGCCCCAUGAGAAGAGGGCUCGUGAAUGUGUAAGAGGAGGAAGAAGAGGAGGGAGUGUACCAGGAGGUAGGUGGUGGUGGCAAACGGUAUGGGCAGCAACAUCGAACAGCAGCAACGGCGGCAUCGGUUCCACAUGCCCCAUCAGAAGAGGGCUCACGUUCACGAGCCCCAAUUGGUGUUUUUCUUUUUAUUUGUUUUAUGUUGAGUUGGACUGGACUGGUACAUGCCACUCGUUUUGUACCAGUCCAGGUGAAAUGGACUUCCUUGAUACUAAUAGCAAGUGUUGGCGAAAGACUUGUUAUCUCCUUUUUUUCUGUCAAAUGGUAUUAGUGUACAUUAUGAUUUGUUGUUGUUGCUGUUGUGAUAAUAACAAUAUAAUUGCACAAUCUGUUGUGUCAUUUUCCAAAAAACUUUUGUUAGUUAGCAUGAUGUAAUUCACCUUGGACAUUUGAUAAUACUUCCCAACAAUUUGCAUAAGUUUGUAGUGAUCAUACCUGUUACUUUUGCCUUCUGAAUUCUUUAUUUCUGCCAUAUUUUUUAGUACUAGACGUGUGUCAUAGUUAGGAACAAGUUUCAUUUGCUUUUUCUUCAAUGUCGAAUGAUCGGAGCAUUGUUGGGUGGAGUUAUGGAAUUAGAUUCAACAAGUACAUGGGGUUGUAGUUAAUUGCAUUAUUGUACUACAAGAAAAUAUAAACUGGGUAAGUGAUCAUUUUCUGGUUUACUUAAACCAGCACAAAUGGAAAAGAACACUAAAUGAUGAGUUUCUAUGAUUGAAGGGAUUAGUUGGUUGUCGAGCUGUGCUUAAGUGGCCGUUAUCUCAAUUUCAUGUUUAAUUGUUUUCUGGAAGGGAAUUUUUUUAUCUUUUGUAGUUCUAUAUUUUCUCUCAUUGUUUGCAGAUUCUACUCUUGUUUAUUGUGGAAUGCUUCUUGUUUAGGACAUUUUACCAUCAAUUGUAUAAACUUUAUUGUGUGAAUUGAGAUUUCAGAAAUGGUGUGUUUCAUAGUAAUUUCUUCCUUUUUGGAUGUUUUGUCAUAUCCGUGCAUGUCUUGUGUACAUUGAUAAAGGAUUAUGCACUAGAUUUAGUUCACGGAAAAUUAUGCACUAGAUUUAGUUCAUGGCAACAGCAUAAUCUGACAUAGUCAUCAUUUAUCUACAUUUUAAAGUUUCGAUGUUUCAAACAUACAUACAGUUCCAACAAGGGAGUGAUUCAUGAAUCUAGGAUCGAACCUCUGUUAUGCAUGAAGGCUUUGUGAAUUCUGAAUUGACCCAAUUUUUUGGCUUG